GUAAUAUGCGUUACGUUUCGGCUUACUUGCUCGCCGUCCUCGGAGGAAAUGCCAACCCAAAGGUUGACGACCUCAAGAACAUCUUGAGCGCUGUCGGAGUUGAUGCUGAUGCUGAGACCGCCAAGCUCGUUGUCUCCAGACUUGCAGGAAAGACAGUCGAAGAGCUCAUCGCUGAGGGAUCCGCUGGACUCGUUUCGGUUUCCGGAGGAGCCGCCCCAGCCGCCGCCGCUGCUCCAGCUGCCGGAGGAGCUGCCCCAGCCGCUGACAGCAAGCCGGCCAAGAAAGAAGAGCCAAAGGAGGAAUCCGACGAUGAUAUGGGAUUCGGUCUUUUCGACUAAAAUCAUUGUAUGUUAAUAAAUUGUUAUUGUUUUCCGGUCAUCUUCACAUCCAUGUUUUGAAACAUUAUAUACUGAAAGUCAGAAGCAAUCCAAUGAAUAAAAACAUCAAUUUU